GUGUAGUACUGGUGGAAGUAACGCGUUGGGACGGGAGUUACUACUUCAGGUAAAAUCAACCAAUAAAUCUUUGUUCUGGUGAAAGUGAAUCGGAAGGUGAAUUUAUGGCGGUGAAUGGCUUAUACAUAGUUCAGGGUGAAGCCAAUGCUGUGGUAGCAUUAUUGAAGAAAGCACACCGAAACUGGCCGCAUCAUCAACAACAGAUUUAUUUAGGGCAUUCACUGCUUGAUGAAACUGACCCGUUGUUGAGGAAUUUCGCAGAUCUGAGGGAUGUUUUCAAUUCUGUAAACGAUUUACUGGAUAUGAAUCCUGACACAUACCUAAGUCCAUUUUUGGAUGUGAUACGUUCUGAUCAAACUAAUGGUCCAGUAACGGCGCAAGCUUUAUCAUCCGUUGCUAAAUUUCUUAGCUAUGGAUUAAUUGAUAGUUCAAGUAUCAAAGCAUCAAAUGCGGUAGAAAAUAUUGCGGAUGCCGUAACACAUGCAAAAUUUAUUGGUAGUGCUGACAGUGGCAGGGAUGAAGUCGUUCUGCUAAAAAUUCUUCAGGUGCUGCGUACUCUUUUACUUACACCAGUUGGACGAUUACUGUCGAACGAAAGCGUUUGCGAAAUGAUGCAAAGUUGCUUCCGGAUCAGUUUUGAACCUGCUUUGAGUGAACUUUUACGUGGUGUCGCUGAAGCUACCUUAUCAGAUAUGACGCAGCUGUUAUUCACAAGGCUAUCUACGUUUCAGGAAGAUAUUCGUCAUCCUUACAUUCGAAAACUGGUGAAACGUGCUGGUCAUUUAGUGGGGAAAAGAAAGAGACGAAAAACUUAUUUUAAUGAUAUUGUAAAGAACGAGAAAGGAGAAAAGGAUGACACUGAAAACGAUAUUCCAAAACCUCGACAAUCGAAGAAAGAAGAUGUGGAGUUGAUAAAGGAAGAAAAUAGCCAGGAAAGUGGUCACGACGUUGGAUCGCCUCAAAAUGCUGGUCUGUCAAGUUCGAUCGAAAUGGUACCCCAUUUGCACGAUAAGGUUGAGAGAAAACACAAAAGUGAUAAUUCUCAAGCUACUGUUAUCGAUGAAGCAGAAACAACUAGUGUUGCCGCUCAUCAGCAUUUGAUGGAGAAGUCCGAAUCCGUUGAGUGUUAUGGCGUUGCUGUUGUUAGUGGGUUAUCUAAAGAAUCUUUCGAGGCAGUAAAACUUGAUUCAGAUGAUGGUGCUGUGCCAGACAGUGAUGAUAGCUCUGCAUCACCUGAGGAAGAUAAUAACGAGAAGGGAAGAGUGGCCAGAAAGAGGAUAAAAAGUCCUGAAGAGAUGGUGAAACCAAUAUCCGAUUUUGAAAAGGGAAAUUCUGUAGUAAAUGAUGAAAAACCAGUACCGUCCACAGAGAUAGUUGCUUCAAGCCCAACCACUCACAUACCAUACGGUAUACCAUGUGUUCGUGAACUACUCAGGUUUUUAAUCGCUCUAACUAAUCCACUGGAUCGUGCUAAUACGGAAUCAAUGAUUUUGAUGGCGUUAAAUUUGCUCACUGUUGCAUUGGAAGCUGGUGCCGAUCAUAUUCGUAGUUUCUCAUUGCUAAUGCCACUUGUGAAAGAUGAACUUUGUCGUGCGCUAUUACAACUUUUGGAUACCGAGAAAUUACCCAUAUUCGCUGCGACGAAUCGUGUCUGCUUCCUCUUGUUUGAGAGUCUUCGUUCAGAUUUGAAAUUCCAACUUGAAAUGUAUUUCCUAAAGUUACAAUCAAUCAUUACCAGUGAGCAGACUCGUAUUAGUUAUGAGCAGAAAGAAAUGGCACUGGAAAGCAUUGUGCAGUUGUGGCGUAUAGCGGGACUGGUUACGGAAAUUUAUUUGAAUUAUGAUUGUGAUUUGUACUGUUCAAAUCUUUUUGAAGAUCUUACUAAGCUUCUUCUUGAAAAUGCGUUUCCUGUUCUCGGUCUACGUUCUGUCAAUCUAUUAUCGUUGGAUGGUUUGCUUACUGUAAUUGAUACGAUUGACAAUAACUGUGUAUACAGGCAAGCUGGUGGUGUUCAUCAUAAAACCAUUGUUCCAACUUCUGUACCGGCGCAAUUGCACUUACCAGUUAUUAGUGGAUAUGCAUUUGGGCGGCAGAGUGCGAUCGAUGGAACUUUAUCAAUUGCUACGGCGGAAAAAACGGCACUUUUUGAAACGUUUUUACCUUCUACGGCAUUACGCGCAAAUCGGAUGGCUCCGUCGUCUUCUCUUCCAUCAAUUAUAGAAGUUAUUGAAAGGAAAAAGAAAAAACGAAUUAUUACAGAAGCGACGGAACUUUUCAACCAAGAUCCAAAGAAAGGAAUUGAGUUCCUUAAAGAGAAGAAGUUUUUUAAAUCACCGCUGGAUCCUGUAGAUGUCGUGACGUGGUUGAAAGCUAACCCGCGCCUCGACAAAAAGCGGAUUGCCGACUACAUCUGCAACCGGAAAAAUGCCGCUGUGUUGGAUGCGUUUGUUCGGUCAUUCCCAUUUGAAAAUACCCGUCUGGAUGACGCUUUGCGUAUGUUUCUGGAAACAUUUAGAUUACCCGGGGAAGCCGCAGAAAUCUCGAUGGUAAUGCAGCAUUUUGCAGAUCACUGGUAUAUCACAAAUGGUGAGCCUUUUAACCACGUUGAUGCAGCGUUCACCUUAGCUUAUGCUGUCAUUAUGCUCAAUACUGAUCAACACAAUCCGCAGGUGCGAAGAAAUCAACGACCGAUGCAAGCGGAAUGUUUCAAGCGGAAUUUAUCAGGUACCAACGGUGGCCAAGAUUUCGAUCCUGCAAUGUUGGAUGAAAUGUACAAUGCUAUUAGAAAUGAAGAAAUUGUGAUGCCUGCUGAGCAAGUUGGAAUUGUAAAGGAAAAUUAUCUGUGGAAGGUUUUAUUGCGACGUGGUGAGACGAAAGAAGGUGAAUUCAUCCAUGUACCAGCUGGUUGGAAUGACCAUGAUUUGUUUAGUAUCAUUUGGGGUCCUGCUUCUGCAUCGUUAUCGUUCGUAUUUGACAAAAGUGGAAGAGACACCAUUUUACAGAAAGUGCUGAAUGGAUAUCGCAAGUGUGCAUCCAUAGCUGCACAUUAUGGAAUGAGCGAUGUUUUCGACAAUUUAAUUAUUCAUUUGUGCAAAUUUUCUACUUUGAUGGCUACAAAUGAAGAUAAUCCGGAGCAGAAUUUGGAUAUCCAACAACAAGGGGUUUUGAUUGAAAAUUCCAAUCAGAGUGCGGAACAGAUCGCAAUUGCCUUUGGUGAAAAUGCAAAAGCACAAAUGGCUGCAAGAGCCAUGUUCCAGUUGGUUCAUGCUCAUGGUGACAUUCUUCGCGAGGGCUGGAAAAAUGUGUUGGAUAGUAUUUUGCGGUUAUUUUAUGCCCGUUUAUUGCCUGCUGCAAUAACGGAAGUGGAGGACUUUGUAGAUAGUAAAGGAUGGGUUUCAAUACAGCGAGCACCACCACCAAAGUUAUCAGCAAACCGGAACGAUUCUAGUUUGCUUAGCUGGCUUGGACUUGGCUCAAACUAUGACAGCAGGGAAUCUGUGCCAACUGCCGAUCAGCAACAGUUUAUCAAAAUAGCUCAAGAAGUGAUCGCUGAAUGUCAUCCGGAACAGCUCAUCGUUGAUGGCAAAUAUCUCACUUCAUCCGCGCUUUCUGAACUCAUUGGUACAAUCAUUCAAGCAUCUACAAAUGUUGCUCACACUGAAAUGGAUAAAGGUGAACCUGUGGCAAGAAAGUUGAAAGAACAAGAAGAAGAUGCACUUGUACUUUACCUGGAAUUGAUGGUUAGCAUAGCAUUGGAAAACAAAGACCGCCUUUCUCUAAUAUGGACACCAAUCAAGCAGCAUUUGCAAUGGUUUAUGAGUGAUUUUGGUCGGAAUCCAUUGAUUGUAGAGAGGGCUGUUGUUGGUUUGUUAAGGAUUGCGAACAGGAAUUUGUAUCAUCUUAAAGACGAUAUCGCUGAUGAAGUGCUUCAAUCUUUAGGAAUUCUGUUGAAGUUACCACCUCCAGCUAUGUUCAUGUUUUCUCGACAAAUUGCGUAUGGCUUACAUGAAUUGCUGCGCACAAAUGCCGCAAAUGUACACCGGCGCGAACAUUGGGCAAUUCUUUUUGGAAUAAUGGAAGCUGUGGGGGCGGGUGUCUAUCCGGAGGAUUUCAAUACGCAGCUUAAUGAUCCUGGUUUAUCUCAAAAAAAAUCGAAAAUCGUGAAUCGACAAGUGCAUAGUGAUACGGAACCAAGUUUAAACCGUUCGCGAGUUGAUAACACAAGUGAAACAAUCUAUGUUGACCGAGGUUACACAUCUGAUGUUGUUCCAGGAUCAGUGUCAUCUAUUUCGAGUCUUUCGGAACAUAUUGAUAGUGCAGCUUCUUUAUUGAACGAGGCAAGCACUGAAUGGAUACAUGUUGAUCACAGAGAUGUAGCACUUGCUGCGCAGCAGCAGCAGUUCCAGCUUAAACCGACUGGAAAGCAGCAUCUAUAUUCGAGUGUUUUCGAUCGCGGUACUGUUGUGUUGCGCACUAAUCUCAUCAGACACGAUCCUUUAGCGUUCCUAAAAGUGGGAGAAACGCUAACAUUUCUGGCACGUGAUGCAGCUCAUAUCACUCCUGAGAACUUUGAUUCCUGUAUAGAAUGCUUGAGAUCAUGUACUGAAGCUAGUCUGGAUGGUGGGAGAUAUGCUGCUGGUCCGCUCAGUGGUGAUGCUCAAAGUCAGUUGCGAAGUGUUUUAAAGGAUAGCAAAUCAAAGAAUAGUGUCAAACAAGAAAGAGGCAACCAUAGACACAUGCUUCUGAAAACGGAAAGUAAUCAUGAAGAAGAAGGAAUGUCAUCUCAAGCUGAACCACAGAAACUAUCAGCAAGCUACCAGCAGGUUGCCUUCCAGAUGCUUGACUUGUGUCAUACGUUACAUGUCAAAGGUGCUGCAAUAUAUCGCAGUUGGGCUUAUGGCGGAGCUGAAAUUGAUGCGAGUUUACCAGCUCUAUGGAACCAUUGUUGGCGACCUCUUUUACAGUGUAUAGCUCGUCUUUGUUGUGAUUGUAGGCGACAAGUACGAACACAAGCGCUUAAUUUCCUUGUACGUGCCUUCCUCAUACCGGAAAUGCAAGCGAUGGAAGGCAGACAGUGGGAAGAGUGCUUUGGCGAGGUACUUUUCCCUCUGCUACAAAAACUGCUCGAAAAUUUAUCACCAAUGGAUCCGAUUGGAAUGGAGGAGACACGAGUACGAGUUAUGCAGCUCAUUUCGAAAAUUCUACUCAAUCAUUUAACCCCUUUGAGUUUGUUGGCAUCAUUCCGAUCCCUGUGGUUACGUUUGCUGGAUUAUAUGGAUCAGUAUCUUCAUGCGGAUCGCAGUGAUCUUUUAUCAGAAGCAAUUCCAGAAUCAUUAAAGAAUAUGAUUCUCGUCAUGGAUAAUACUGAAAUGUUCUGCACCAUACCCGAUUUAUACGAUAUGACUGUUACACGCAUUGGUGCAUUCUUGCCGGAGCUGCUUGCCGAAGUGAUGCCUGGUCCGCCAAGAAGACCGCAUUUACCUGAUGUGAAGUUACAAGAGACGCCAGAGUCACUUCUUCAAGGCGAGAACCCUGAGAUUACUAAACCUGGCUCUAGAGAGGCUGUGUCGAUACUUCCUCAGCAGUUCAACAUUGAUAGACAAGUACUAAUUGCUCCACCAAUCGACUUAACUACGCAGUUACAAUCUCCAAACCCUGGUCAUUUGCAACCUGAAGAUAUCGCUUAUAACGGCGGGACUUCGAAGUGUGCCGAUUUAUCAGAAGUUGCAGUGGAGAUUCCAAUUCCAGAACUGGAAGAAGUAAUCGUUCAUUCUGGCAGUACUUCUCCGCCUUCCCAGUCGUAUUUUGUUACGGCUGAAGCAAAUGCUCAACCCUCGAUACUGUUUUCAAAUGGAGAAUCUGAUGUCUGCGGUCGAGAUGGAAUAACAUGUGAUGAGCAACUGUCAAAUCAGCAAUUUUCAUAUGCCCAAACUGCACAAAUAUAUAAUACCGAUUAUUCUUGCGAUGCUGAGAGAUUGAAGGACGUGAAUGAUGAAACGCAGUUUGCUACUGCAUCAGUGGAAGGAUUUCGGAUAGUACCACCUCGUUUAUUGUAUGCUCAACAGCAGUUAGAACAGCUCCCAUUUAUUGGCUCACAAUCGUCACAAAUCUCGUGGCAGGCUCCUUCGGUCUCGACACCAAUGAUGAUUGUUGAUGGACCUUUGGUUCCAUCACCAAAUAGUGCAUUUUCACCUCCAGUGUCUUCAUCUUUGCGAUCUGUCGUUGAAGCAUCUUCACGAUUUUCAGAGGUAUAA